CUCUCAAGAUGCAUUGAGUUCAGUAUGUAGAGCUAAAGACAAGAAAGUUUUUUGGUUUGUUUUGUUUUUGUAGAGAACGUUGGUAACAUCACUGGGUUUUUUUUUUUUGAUAGCGGUGUCAGCCUCUGGAUACUAGAGCCAAUGGAACUGUUUUUAACUAUGCCAGAUGUGAACCCUGCCCAUGGUGUCUUAGAUUUGUGAAUGGAUGAAUAUUUAAACAACAGUCUUCAGUCUUGCUUCAAAAUGUCCCUGUGUGCGUCUUCUCACAAGGAUUUUUCUCAAUUGCUGCCACUUCAGGAUAUUGGAUGCAAUAAAACAGAAAUUAAAAACUCACCUACUAGUAUCGUAUCUCCAGUUCCCUACAGCUGUAAUCAGUCCACGCUGACAGCAGAACACAGUCCAGUCUAUAUUCCCUCAUCUUACACGGAAACCAGACAUGAAUAUUCUGCAAUGGCAUUCUGCAGUCCUGCUGUGAUGAAUUACAACAUUACCAGCAAUUUUGGCGAUUCAGAGACUGCAUCUGUGAGGCAAACAUCAAGCCCCAAUGUGUUAUGGUCUGCUCCCAGCCAUCUCUCCCCUCUGACACUGCACUGUCAGUCAUCACUUCUGUACGCAGAGCAGCCAAAGAGUCCAUGGUGUGAAGCAAGACCGAUGGAGCCUGUUCUACCUGUGACCAGAGAAACAUUAAAAAGAAAAACUAACGGCAAUGACUGUACAAGCCCGAUUGCAAAUACUCCUGGCUCAAAAAGGGAUGCCCACUUUUGUGCAGUCUGCAGUGAUUAUGCUUCAGGAUACCACUAUGGGGUUUGGUCAUGUGAAGGCUGCAAAGCAUUCUUUAAAAGAAGUAUUCAAGGACACAAUGAUUACAUCUGCCCAGCCACCAAUCAGUGCACGAUAGAUAAAAACAGGCGCAAAAGCUGCCAGGCGUGCCGGCUACGGAAAUGUUAUGAAGUGGGAAUGAUGAAAUGUGGCUCAAGAAGAGAACGUUGUGGAUAUCGGAUCCUGCGUAGCCAUCGUAAUUCAGAAGAUCAUGUGCAUUGCAUUGGCAAAGCUAAGAAAUACGGUGAGACGGCAACCCGCGUAAAAGAGAUCCUGCUCAGCUCAGUCAGUCCAGAGCAAUUUGUUUUGACACUACUUGAAGCGGAGCCUCCCAAUGUGCUGGUGAGUCGUCCCAGCAAACCAUUCACGGAGGCCUCCAUGAUGAUGUCGCUGACAAAACUGGCAGAUAAAGAGCUGGUUCACAUGAUUGGUUGGGCCAAAAAAAUUCCUGGCUUCAUUGAUCUCAGCCUCUAUGACCAAGUAAGACUUUUGGAGAGUUGCUGGAUGGAAGUUUUAAUGGUUGGUUUGAUGUGGAGAUCAAUUGACCAUCCUGGGAAACUGAUUUUUGCACCAGACCUUGUAUUAGACAGGGACGAGGGGAAAUGCGUAGAGGGAAUUUUGGAGAUCUUUGAUAUGCUUCUGGCCAUGACCUCAAGGUUACGAGAGCUGAAACUGCAGCACAAGGAGUAUCUGUGUGUCAAGGCAAUGAUUCUCCUCAAUUCCAGCAUGUUUCCCUUGUCAGGAGAAGAACCUGAAAGCAACAGGAAACUGCAUCACCUGCUUAAUGUGGUCACAGAUGCUUUGGUGUGGGUUAUUGCAAAGAGCGGAAUCCCCUCGCAGCAGCAGACCACUCGCCUGGCCAACCUGCUGAUGCUCCUCUCUCACGUCAGACACGCAAGUAACAAGGGAAUGGAGCAUCUCCUGAGCAUGAAGUGUAAAAAUGUGGUCCCAGUGUAUGACUUGCUGCUGGAGAUGUUGAAUGCGCACACUCUCCGAGGGCAAAGGAAGUCCCCGGCCACGCAUCCUGAAUUUGGCCCGUUAGAACAAAUGGAGACUGGAGACAGUCUGCGGAAUGGGGCAGCCCAGUAAUUCUGCUGAGACCUGGAGAUGUGACGCUUUUUCAAAGCUAUGGGAGAAAACAAAACUGCUGUGGUGGGACUACUGAAGUGCGACCUAGUGCGAGUCCUCAUCUCUUCUAGAUUUGCACAUUGAUAUCUCGGGAAAGGCUUGUGGGAUGCACACUUCUGUCCAUAUUUCUGACAUUUUAAUAGCUGCACUUUAACAGUGCCUUUUCGGAGACUCUUCAAAAGCACCUUAUGAAAUUAAGCCUCAGAACACUGCUGUGAGACAGGGAAUUACUGCCUCUCCUUUUCAGAGGCAGGCAAACUGUGACAGAGAGAUAAAGGGACUGGUUUAAGAUGACAGAAGUCAUCUGAGUCAGGGCUAGGAGUGAGCACCUAAGUUUCUGUCUCCCAGACCAAGGCUUUUAUGUGAUGACUAGAUGAUCUCCUCUUUCAGCAUGAGACUGUAUGAAAUGUAGAGCAGCAUUUUGGGAUAGAUCCGCUUACCUAUGUGUGCUGGUCCCUGGGGAAUUCUGCUUUGCAGCUGAUCGAGAUAAAGUGCCGAGAUAUGUACAGUGUAAAGGAGUUUCUUCUAUUCUUAAAUAUGCAAUGGCUGCAAGGGACUUCAUUUGAAGGCCAUUCAGAAUAGUUUCUAAGGCCAGUUCAGAGCCUCUUCAGAAACGUUAAACCAAGCUUAAGUUUAUAUUUUGUGUGCCUGUUCUUAACACUCACAUUAUUAUCUGCAUAUAAUUCUUCAGUGCUUUAAAGAAUGACCAAACUGCCUGGAUAUUUCAGUUAAUGCUGACCUUUGAAAUGUGCUUUGUCUGUGAGAUUAACAUGUUGUUUUAUAUAUUUAUUAAUGAUGUUAAAUCUAUUAUAAUAAUUAGGUACGAGAGGUUGCUCUGUGAAUAUUAACUGUUCGCAUUUGUAUAUGAUCUGCUAAUCAGGGCUUGUGAAAUUGGCUAGAAACGAGCCAUCUUCCUUCCCCUUUGGACUUGCUUGUGGAUUUAUGUCCUCUUGCAGCCAUCUUGCAAGGGGGAGGCAGUGGACUAGAGCAUGAGCUGGGACCUGGUUUUGCCUGCUGCCCUCAGGUUUGCUGCUUGCUUGUUCAGAAAGCACGAGGCACCUUAUGCUGUGGGUUUCAUAUCUUGCAUCGGACCCUUCAAAGAGCAGGGGCGGGACAGUUCUGGCACUUCCUUCGCUGUGCAAGUGUGAGGCCUUGUUUGAAUUUCAUUGAAGAUGUGGGUUUAACCCCCUCUGUCUUGCUGAUUUCUGCAUGUGUUUAAGCUGAGAAAAAACCCAACAACAUAGGAAAUAGCCUGGCUGGCGGCCUCAGUGUAGAGCAGGAUGGCAUCAUUCAGUCUCGCAACUGCCAACAUUGCAUUUUGAUGUGAGCUAGGAUCAUGCUAAAUGGAUAUUUUUAAAUGUAAUGCAUGCAUUUUCUGGGCAUUUCAGGUAUGGAGGAAAUAAACUGGGGUUGGACCAAAUGCCUAUUUUGAGCCAAUAAGUCUUUUGCGUUAGGGACUUUAUCAGUAUGCCAUUUGCAUACUUGGAAUAUUAAUCGAACUUUUGAUCUUGGUGUUUUUUUAAAGCCAAGGAGAGUAUUUUUUAUAGGAGGCACAAAAAGAGUUUUCAGUGAGUUGCACAAAUCUGUUGUCUUGUUUUGAUCUUGUACUAUACCAGAUGCUGCUGAUGGUCUAAAUUUUUACUGGCUACCUUUUUAGUGUUUUUAAGAAACUGUAAUAUAGCAGUGCCCUUUGAAAUAAGUGUAAUAUUUACUACAAAAAAAAGGGAAAAAAUGUGAGUAGAGGCUGGAAUUUAGUGGUACUUUCAUUUUGAGCGAGGCUUUGCUGUGAAACAGAUGUGUUUUGGUGUUUCUUGGGCUUGAUCACGUUCUGGCCUCUCUGCCUGAUGUACUGUUUUUUCCUCUGAGCUUCAUACCCUGCGCAAUCUUUUUGUUUAAUGCAGUUUUUCAAAGAAAUGUUUAAGUAAGUGAUUAUAUUUGUCUGGUUUUGCAUUAGAAGUGCUGAAUCUGUGUGCAAUCCUGAAACAAACCUCUUAAAAAGAAAAUGGGAAAGAGUGGGUGUAAAUUGUAAAAUUAACUUCUAAAUGGAAAUUUGCUCUGGAUUGCCUCUAUGAAAGGGCGAUGCUGCAGAUUUGUGCCUCGUCUUGUGAUUAAUAUAUGCCAUUACUAGCACAGUGCAAAUAGGAAACCGAUGUUAUUUUAACACAUUCUUGUUGUCUCGGUGAAUAUAAUUUUAUUAAAAGUUGUUACUAGUGUUUUAAAAUGGGCAAAAGCCAGUAGCUGUUGACUCUCUGGAUUAAAGUAGCUGUGGUCAUAUUUGGACAAGGAGGAGGCGCAUGUCUCUAAAACAGCACAGUUUAUAAUCAGGGAGCUGUGUGACAAAAGGACGGAACAAGAGUGCCUUUGGCUCUUGCGAGAGAUGCUGGGUUGAUCAUGGGUCUGUAUCCCACAUGCCCACUCAGAUGCUGUGUUCCUGCUGUGGAGCACAUCCAUGUCCCUGCCAAGCUUGAGCAGAGCUGCCACACUGUGUUUCAAUUCAGAUUUUGGGGAGGCUUUUCCAGUUUCAGCAUGAAUGAAUUGAGGGCUGUGAGCAGGGGGGGAGGGCAGGGCUGGUUUAUUGCUUUCCUGCACUGCGCUGCUGUACACCAGCCUCUGCUGGGAGCUGGCCGGAGGUGGCUGUUUCUACUUGAAGAAAUGAUGCUGCGGUUCUGGGAUGUUCGUGAGCAAAUGUGGUUCAUGCAGGAGUGCCGGUUGCCAUGGCUUUAAAGAAAAAAAUUGAAUAGGGAAACAAAACCAGCCCCAACUUUUCCUUACACUGUAAAAAGCUUGCUCAAGUUCCGCUCAAGUCUGGAGCUAGAACUGAAGAGUAAAACAAACCUGAUCUUUUAUAAUAAUAAUUCAUUCCUUAUUGACUGAAUGAUAAAUCUGUACAAGGGUCAUUGUGAUGAAAGGAGAGCAUCCUUUUAAGUGCUGGAACUUUUUCUGUUCUUCCUGAUGGCCUGUGAAGUAUGGAAGACAUUUUUCUGUAUUUGCAUUAUUAGAGUGGUUUAAAAGAGCCUAAAAAUGCUGUGAGGUCCCAGAAAGUUGCUUCUUGGCCCUAUUCAAGCUGUCACCAGUGACCUGCUUCUUCUGAGGUAAGAAUUUUUGUCUUGUUUGGACUUCAUCGUAGAAUCAAAAAAUCAUAGAAUCUUAGAAUGGUUGGGAUGGGGCACCCAAAACUGCUGGGCAGCCUGUUCCAAUGUCUCACCACCCUUGCAGUAAAGAACUUCUUCCUAAUAUCUCUCCCUUCCUUGCCCUUCCCUACCAAGGUAAGUGCCCAUGGGAGACAAGAUGCUCUUACCUGGAGAGCUAAGUUAAAAACAAAGUAUGGAUUUGCAUGACUUCGUCUGAGGGGCUUUACGGUGAGCACAGCCCAAGGGCCUGUCACAGGAAUUACUGCUUUAUAAGGCUGAAUAGUGAACGUACAUAGAUUCAGUAGAUCUAUCAGUAUAUUCUGUUCAGUUCUUUGCAUGGUAGAGAAGCUUAUAAACCCCCAAUCAAGGAGAGUUACCACCAUGGCAGCUGCUUUUAGUCUUAGCCCAGCUGUAGACCGCACCACUUCUUUCCAUGGUGCAUGGUCCUGUGAUCCUUCCACACACUCAGAGUCAGAAGUCAUGGGAACGCCUUUGUUAUCACCACCACUUGUCUUGGAAGAAAGCGUUUGAUAUUAUUUAUGUAUGUAUGUCCUGCAAAAUAGUUGUUCAGCAAAGCAGUUAAGGACAUGGUCAUCUGCUGUGCUGAGCCAGUGCCUAAACGAGAGCGCUCUGAAUGGGAAUAUGAAAAGCAAAUGAAUUGCUAAAAUCUGGAAAAUAAGUAUUAUUAAUUUUUCACAGUGUUUUACUACUGAAGUGUGGUAAGUUAAAUGGCACACUGUUUCCUAGCUAAAGACUUCAUUUUACUUAUGAUCUGGGUAUUUUAAACUCUUUACAUCUUUACACAUAGGAGUCACCUCCACUCACGCAUUGAGUGUCAGUGAUUUCAAUUUAACUGCAUAACAAGAUUGCUGUGCUAUAGAAAUGCCAACUUCUGCUGCUACUGCCUCAACUGACAAAACCUUCGCUCAUCAAUAACCAUGUACUAAGGAGCUGGCAUGGCCACGAACAGUGCUACUGCACGUUUCCUAUGUCCAUUUUCCUCAGAAUUUUCUGUUCCGAGUCCUAUUUUAUAUGUGAUUUUAGUUUAAAUGUUUCACCUUCACUGCACGUUUGUAAUGGAAACAGGUUUAUGACGGAAGCUGGUGCCUUUUCAAGUACUUUAUGUAUGUAAUUCUAAUGUGAAAAAACCCCACGAUCCCAUCCUUUCAGCUGUUCUUCAGUUCUGUGGACUUACUUAUCGUACUUGUUUAGUGAUGUGUGUUUCAUUCAGUUGUAAAUUAUUGUGGCUGAAUAAACAGGUAUCAUGAAACCUAAA